AUGCGCAGCUCACUGGUACACUGUGAACUAUCUGAGACGACUCCGUUCCUGGGAAACAUACAGGCGUCAAGGGACUGGGGGUUCUCGGGGGAGUACGUGGAGGCAAUGUGGCUGAUGCUGCAGCAGGAGAAACCAGAUGAUUACGUGGUGGCAACUGAGGAGUCGCACACCGUCGAGGAGUUUCUGGAGGCCUACGGAGAGGUUGACAAUCUGAAAGGAGAUGCGAGCAAGGCAAAGGAGGUGUUGAAGUGGAAGCUUAAAGUAGGGUUCGAGCAGCUGGUGAAGAUGAUGGUGGACGAAGAUCUGGAGAUGGCUAGGAGGGAGAAAGUGCUUGUUGAUGCUGGUUACUUGGACGCUCAGCAGCACUCUUAA